AUGUUAACACCUUUAGUUUUUGCAGUUUUGGCAAUCUGCUGUUUUUUGCCUUACACGUCGGCAACAGUUGUUCAGGAUUUUAACCAUGUAGAAAGGUGCAAGGACUCCCUGUAUAUGGGGACGCCACCACGUGGGAUCAUGGACAUCAAGCUGAGGAAGAUCUGCCAACGUUACGCGGACAAGCCUCGCUAUGUCACCCUGUACGACCCCCACAAGCGGAUCCCGGUUUACUCAGCUUAUACCUUCAAGAAAACGGAGGGAGACAGACGUGUGGACUACCCCUGGAUGUAUGAGCCACAGCUUGCAGAAAUCGAUGGAAAUGGAAACAUGCUACCCUUCCCCACUGGUUACCUGCACAUGAAGUUUGAGGAUAGUCAGGCAGUCCUGGAUGACUACUCUGAUGUGGUUCUCUAUGAAAGAGGUCACCUGAACCCAGACCAGCACCAGUCCACACCACACGACCGUGCUGCCACUUACACCCUAACCAACGUGGUCCCAGAGAUACGGGAGUUCAACAUUGGGCCUUGGCGAGAAUACGAAGAGCGGAUCCGGGUUCGCCUCAACAACUAUUGCCGUGGCACUGCAUUCAUCGUCACAGGUGUGACCACCAGAGGUAACAUGAUCCGUCGCAACAACCAGGACCGUGUCGCCAUCCCUGAAGAUGUGUGGUCUGCUUACUGCUGCACAGACUACGACCGUAACGCACCCCAUGAUGUCCGCAUCCGCUUCCCAUCACAUGCAGCCUUGGCCAAAAACGCCAGAGAAAGCAACAGUGUUCAUGAGAUGACGGUCCAGGAGCUUGAGAUCUUUCUGAAAAGUAAUAUGGAUGUUGACCAGAAUCUGCAGAUCUUCUAUGACAACUGCAUCUCUCCCUCACCUCUUCCUCUUUACCUCCAACACACCAUCUGAGAGGUCUCUCUGCUUUAUUUCCUAUGUGUGCACAUGGAUUUUCAUUUACUUUCAAGUUAACAUGAAUAAUGGUAGAUGCUUUUUUGCUAAGAGUUGUGAAGAAAAUCUGAUAUUGUCAAAAUUCAGCAACAGGAUUUCUUGUGCUCUUAAAAAGCUGUUGAUAAUUCUAAAGAGAUUGAGUUGUUCUUUUUUGAUGAAUUGAACAUUUUACAAUAUUAAAACCUGAAAAAUAUUUUACAGGUUUUAAUAUUGUACUUUUA